CCGCCGAUCUAAUGAAACGGUGUCAUUGCAACCUGCAGAAUGUCUUGCUGCUCGGCGAGAGGACGUGCGUCCUACCACUGAGGGCCCCCCCAUGUGCAUGUGGAGAGAUGGAUCGCUGUAAGCACGUGGUGCGCCUUCGCCUGGGCCACGACCACUCCAUCCUCAAUCCGCAGAAAUGGCACUGCGUGGACUGCAGCACCACCGAUUCGGUGUGGGCUUGCCUCAAGUGCUCCCACGUGGCCUGCGGACGCUUCAUGGAGGAGCACUCGCUCAAACACUUUCAGGAGUCCCACCACCCGCUGGCCAUGGAGGUGCGGGAGCUGGACGUCUUCUGCUUUGCUUGCGGAGACUAUGUCCUCAAUGACAACGCAGAGGGAGACCUCAAGCUCCUCCGAGGGGCCCUCUCCACCGUUCGCAACCCCGGUACGCGCUCGCUGCGCUCCUCGGUUUGGCGGGCGUACACCCACCGGGGCGGGGAGAACGGGCCGCAGCCUCCCAUGCAGCUGGCGUUGCGUCACAGGAGAAAAACCCUCCUGGCCAAGAUGCUUCAGAGGUGGACGAGCAGACAUAAAGAGCUGCAGGCGGAGCGCCAAGAGAAGCUGGAGGAGGCGAGAAGACAAAAGAAAGAGGUGAAAAGGAGACUGUUGGAAGAGCUGGGCAGCGUCCCGCCCAGAAAGAGCGCUCGGCUUCUCACUCAAGCGCCACGUUCAACCAUCACCCUCAUUCCCUGUAAGUUCCGAGACCCUCCGGUACGCCUACCUCCUCCUCCUGCUCCGCCCAAGAGGCCUUCCCUCCUUGCCUUGUCACGAAAGCCCCCCACGAACGGCAGAGCUGCAAAACUGAGGCGCUACUACUCAGCCCAUUCGGCGACCCGCCGACGCCUCGCUCCGGGGGUCACCGGUCUGCGUAACCUGGGGAACACAUGCUACAUGAACUCCAUCUUGCAAGUGCUGAGUCACCUGCAGAAAUUCAGGGAGUGUUUUCUCACCUUGGACCUGUGCGAGACCGAGGAGCUGCUGGCCAAGACCAACCACGCGCAGGAGGUGAAGGCGGUAGCCGGAAGCGUGGUCAGCAGCGCGAACAUGCCUCUGACCUCAUGUCCCCUGGGACGCGUGGGAAAUCUGACGGUGGGCAAAAAGGAAAGCCCCCCGCCCACCCCGCAGACUGCCGAGUUGGUCCAGCCCAAGGAGACUCGUUGCUCCACCCGCCAGCAGAUGUCUCUGUGCCAUGAAUUGCAUACUCUUUUCAGGGUCAUGUGGUCGGGGCGCUGGUCUUUGGUGUCUCCCUUCGCCAUGCUGCAUUCAGUGUGGAACCUCAUCCCGGCUUUCCGCGGCUACGACCAGCAGGACGCGCAGGAGUUCCUGU